AACGCGGAACAAAACUUACCAUUACGCUCGUCAAUUUAAUUGUUGACGUAUUUGAAGUGUUCACUCUGUACGAACGUUGUGAGGUCGAGUGUUUCGAGCGGUCAAAACCAAAUUCAUUUUUUAUGGACACGAUGUACGCAGUUUAUUCUCGUGUUGUGUUCGUAUUUUUGACAGCGGGGUUCGAGUUUCUCAACAAUCGCGCCUCGCCGUGUUUGCACUCUGCACGAUAUUAUUGUACACACAGGUAUCAUUAUGAUACUGCAGGCUGCGACGUCAUCGCGUGCCAAUACUGCAGACAUCUAACGUAAUGGAUGUACGGUUUUUAACACGCGCGGGUAAAGUAAUCGAAGUUGCUCGAGCAGGAGACGCGUUUCGCUGCAGUGCUCACCGAAGUAUAACAUAACAUCGUACCUACUACCCAUACGCGCGCAUAUACGUACGCAUAUAAUAUAGGUACGGGUCACGUACCCAUCCACAUACUGCACGCACUGCACCGCGCGCGCGAACCGCAGGCCCGUACGUUUCUCGCGGCAUGUGGCCGAUCCGAGUAUUUUGGACGGUGUGCGGAGUGUUCACCGCCGACGUAGGGUACAACAGGUUCCAGUACGCGUACUCGGCGCUGCUGAUGGCCACGUGCGUGUACAAUUUCGUGAACGCGUCGCAGGUCAUAUGCAAACUGGACCACUGGUGCGUCACGUUCUCGUCGACGCUGACGGGCGUGUACGACAGGGUUUUGUCGUCCACGGCGUUCUUGUCCCGGAUCGCGGUCGUGUACGAUUGCGAGCCGAACAUAUCCCGGUACCUGGCCACCAUCGGGGCGUUCGAGGCGUACUCGCCGCCGUCGGCCGCCGAACUGCGCCGGCACCGGGCGUUUUCGCUGACCGUGGUCGCCGCGUGCCUGGCCGCGAUCGUGCCUAGCAACGCGAUCAGCAUGUACUACCUGUGCCGGUACGAGCCCAACACGGACGCGUCGUUUAUCGUCUACCACCUGUUCAUGUACGUCCAGAACCUGAGCAUGUGCUGCAUCGAGACGCAGUUCGCCGUGCAGUGUUUCAAGGCGUACACCAAGUUCCGCUGCGUCAACGACGAUCUGAAGAGGCUGAAGGUCGAAAGCGCCAACGGCUCCGAGUACCCGUUCAUGUCGGCCACCGCCGCGGGCUCGUCGCCGGCCACGCCUCCGGCACUGCUGCAGACAUCACCGACAUCGCCGCCGCCGCCGCCGUCCACCGUCGUUUACGACAAGGACUUCUAUCAUCGUUCGCGGUCAGCGAGUCAACCGAUGGCCAACGCGAUCGAGUUGCUGAGGAUCAAGCACUGGCUCAUCCGCCAGUCGAUAGACGCGCUCAAUAACCUGUUCGGCGUGCACAUGGGACUGUCCGUGUUCUAUCUGUGGCUGAUGGCGCUGUUCGAUAUCUACUACGAGAUGUUCUACAACUCUAGGUCGGAACUGCUGGUAUACUGUUGGCUGUUGCAGUACGCGCUGAGACUGUUGAUGAUCAUAUUGAUGGCGCACUUCACGACGAAACAGGCUUUCGAGUCGAAAUCGCUCAUCACGGAUAUCAAUAACGGAAUAAUGGAUAGUAGUACCAAAGAAGAGUUACAGUUGUUCAUAAAUCAAAUAUGUAGUUCCUCAACAGAAUUUAAUGCUUACGAUUUCUUCACGUUGAACACGCAAGUCAUAAAAUCGGCUAUUGCUGCUGGUGCUACAUGUCUUGUUAUUUUGGUACAAUUUCACUCCGGGAAAAAUGAAUUAAUUUAAAUCAAGAUAUAUACAUAUUUUACAGUCAAAAAAUACACAUGCAACAGAGUAUAGUUCAUACUUGGGUAUUAUAUAUUUAAAUAUUUAAUCAAUACUAUAAAAUCUUUUAAU